CAGUGAUAAAUAAUCAGUUCAGGCAAUAUUCCACUAAUCAAGCACCAUGAAUUUUUUUCCCAUCUGCCCAAGAAAAAAGCGGUCGCACUCCAUAUAUUAAAGCAUAGAGCACAAAGUCUGUUUCAAGUGUAUCUGAAAGUAAAGAAGACCGAAACUACAAGUCCGAAACACUACAGCUAACAGAUUACAAAAGCUACAAAAGAGAUUUAGUCCGGUUGCUCAGCAACAAAUUGUGAUGAACAUGAAGUUAUGAACAACUGUCAGACUAAGAUAUCUCCAUCUCAGGGGCCACUUGAUAUACUGAUCUUAUCAAUAACAAACAGAAAUGGACCCAAUUUACACGUAGUCCUCUUAUCCUUGCCACUAAAACAGGUCAGUAUGGAAGCAAAUUGUGAUGUCCAAGCACACCCAAGACAAUGCAAGUAGCAAAGGGGUCGGCCCCAGAGAAAUCUAAUAAAGAUCACAGUGCUAUCCUGCCAUUGCACAACCAUCGCAGCAUUGCAUGUUCUGACCUCAUCGUUCUGUCCCUUGCCAACUUGUAAUGAUAGCUGCACCUAAACUAUAUGCUUCUCUCCCCCAACUAUAAAUCUAUCCGCUUAGCACCAUCUAAUCGUAAGUUCAUCCACAAGCCAAGCACUACAACAACUACCUGAAUACCACCUGAGACAAAAGCUCUUCUGAACCUUGAGCCAAGAAAGAAAGAAGCAACCAUGGUCAGUGCCAAGAGGCUUGCUCAGAUGGAAAAAAGUUGGCAGAGAAUGGCGGUCCUCAGGACGAAGAGGCUCACAAGGACAACGACGAGAGCAGCCAAUGAGUGCUGCCUGACAUCAUCAGUGGCGGUGAAGGGCCACUGCAUCGUGUACACGGCUGGCGGGGGGAAGUUCGAGGUGCCGCUGCCAUACCUCAGCACAGCACUCUUCAGCGAGCUCCUGACAAUGUCCCUGGAGGAGUUUGGGUUCGUGGACAGCAGGAUCACGCCGCCCUGUGAUGCCGCGGUCAUGAAAUACGCCUUCUGCUUGCUCAGGAGUGAUGCCUCGGCAGAAGUUGUGAAGGCAUUUCUGAGCUCCGUUGUGAGGCCAUGCAGUUCUGACGGCUGUGUGUUGGCGCCAUGUAUAGCACUUCCAGCUGUUUGUUAGCUUGCGAAGAAUGGCUGGCGUUGCGCUUGCUUUAGACCUGAUUUUGUUCUAUGCAUUAUGUGAAUAUACAGAUGCAACUGGUAGAUUGAACAUGGAAACAAAGAUUAUGUUGCAA